UUUGCCUUUCGUUUUCAACUCUCAGGGAUCAACGGAAGCCAUAACAAUGCAACAGUUUCUAACACUUGCCCUUGUGCUUAUCAGCAUUUACAUAACCCACGCCCAGGAUUGCUCCUCACUCUUGUCAGGGAAGAAAAGGUUUAUUUUCGACGAUGUAUACCAGCAUUUCCCAAAGGAAGUCAAAGCAGUAUUGCCAGCUAACUCCGAAGUGACCAACAAAUGCCGAUUCGAUUUAUUGAGCCUUUCUGCUGGCGACAAGCAAACCAUGAAACAACUAUACAACGACGGGUAUCAUCUCUGUAUCGGAUGUGGUUACAGUGACAGUGACUUUGGGAGGUGCCAUGCUAUUGACGUGUGCAGCAAGGGGUCGGUUUGCAUAAAUGCACAUAACCGCGAUCAGCGUCCAGCUCCUAGCUACUACUUCCAUGGAUGUUGCAACCCCUCUGAUUCUAAAUGCAUAACCGGCGACGAUAACGUACAUUUCAACGUCUUUGGCCGGGAUGUUACCUUGCACUACAUCAAGAAACGUUGUGGUGGUCCUAUUUGUAACGAAAAUGGUUACGCAAAUGAAACACAGGCGUUGGUGAACUUCCUGCAAUCAGCAGCAACUACAGUAUCAACGCUGCCAGUAGAUGGCAUGUGGGGUCAAUGGGGCUCAUGGUCAGCAUGUGACAAGUCAUGUGACCUCGGAGUACACACUAAGACGAGGUCAUGUGAUUCGCCCGCACCAAUGAACGGCGGUGCAACUUGCGCAGGGGAGGCGAGUCAGACGGACUUCUGCAAUGCGUUUUCUUGUUAACUCUCUUUCCUGUAUUUUUCAAUAAACGGUUGAGCUUAAGAAGUUA